AUGGCUUCACAUGUAUGGGUCUCAUGGCUGGUUCUGAUUGUGAAUGUUAGGACACAAGGAAGUUUUGCUGCAUCUCCUAAUUAUGAUGCAUCACUUGCUGAUUGGGAAGCUUACGGUCGUUCAGCUCUAGGAGGCAAAAUAAAUCCUUCUCUGUUGGAGUUGCAGCAACUCAAUUGGCUUAACUUGAACAAUAACAAUUUUAGCAGCAUUCAAAUCUCUGAGUUUUUGGGUUUGAUGGGGAGUUUAACAUAUCUUAACCUCUCUCAAGCAAGAUUCCAGGGAGCAAUUCCUCAUAACCUUGGGAAUCUCUCAGAGUUGUUGUAUCUUGACCUCAGAGGUAAUUAUUUCUCGGAAGAAGUAAAAAGUCUUCAAUGGAUUUUUAGACUUUCUUCUUUGCAGUACCUUGCUUUGAGUGAAGUGGAUCUUAGUAAAGAAACUGAUUGGCUGCAGGUUACCAAAUUAUACAACUCCGAUCAGCACUGUUAA